GUUUCCACAGAGCGUAUAUCAUUACAGACUAUAUGGGCAUCCGAAAUGAAAGUUUCAUGAAAUUAGCUGCAGUAGGGACCUGGAUGGGGGACUUUGUCACAGCUUGGAUGGUCACUGAUAUGAUGCUUCAGGACAAGCCCUAUCCUGAUUGGGGAAAAUCUGCAAGAGCUUUCUGGAAGAAAGGAAAUGUUAGGAUUAUUUUAUUCUGGACGGUUCUUUUCACUCUGACAUCUGUGGUUGUACUUGUCAUUACAACUGACUGGAUCAGCUGGGACAAGCUGAAUCGGGGAUUUUUGCCCAGUGAUGAAGUUUCCAGAGCCUUCCUGGCUUCUUUCAUCUUGGUCUUUGACCUCCUUAUUGUAAUGCAGGACUGGGAAUUCCCACAUUUCAUGGGAGACGUCGAUGUAAAUCUUCCCGGUUUGCACACGCCUCACAUGCAGUUCAAGAUUCCUUUCUUCCAGAAGAUCUUCAAGGAGGAAUAUCGUAUUCACAUAACAGGUAAAUGGUUUAACUAUGGGAUUAUCUUUCUCGUCUUGAUUUUGGAUCUUAAUAUGUGGAAGAAUCAGAUAUUUUAUAAGCCUCAUGAAUAUGGACAGUAUAUUGGUCCAGGGCAGAAGAUAUAUACAGUGAAAGACUUAGAGAGUCUAAAGGAUUUGAACAGAACCAAGCUAUCCUGGGAAUGGAGGUCCAAUCAUACCAACCCUCAGACUAAUAAAACCUAUGUUGAGGGAGACAUGUUCUUACACAGCAGGUUCAUAGGGGCAAGCCUUGAUGUCAAGUGUCUGGCUUUUGUGCCAAGUCUGAUAGCUUUUGUGUGGUUUGGAUUCUUCAUUUGGUUCUUUGGACGGUUUUUGAAAAAUGAGCAAGGCAUGGAGAAUCAAGACAAUACUUACACACGCAUGAAAAGAAAAUCCCCAUCAGAACAAAGCAAGGACAUGGGAAUCACGCGAGAAAACACCCAGGCCUCAGUGGAAGACCCGUUGAAUGACCCCCCCUUGGUGUGCAUCAGGUCUGACUUCAAUGAGAUCGUCUAUAAGUCUUCCCACCUAACGUCGGAGAACUUGAGUUCGCACUUAAAUGAAUCGACCAGCGCCACAGCGGGCGACCCAGAUCCAACGACUUCUAAAAGUACACCGACGAACUAAAACCGAUUAUUGGGGGAUAGCACAAAGAGCAACCCUGGGUGUAACUUUCAAAAGUUAGUCUUUCCUUUUGUAAAUGUUAAGGUUUACAUAGCGUUAGGUAAAGAAAUACAAACGAUGCCACAAUGGUGCUCAACAUGCUUUUUCUAGGACUCAUUGUUUUCUAUUUGUAUUAUGAUACCUGUGCCUACAGUAUAUCUAACAGUCCUCUAGAGAUUGCUUUUUCACAGUUGCACAAGCUACUUACUGACUUUACAGCCUAGUAGAUUAGCUGGUUACCCAUGUAUCUGAUGUUCAACCAUAGUGGUGCCUUGAGACAUUAAACUUUUUAACUGUACCAGAAAUGAAGUGUGGAACAGCUCUCUAACCUGCUUCACAUGGGGUUUUUUUUUAUAGAAUUAUUUUGAUCUCCACUUGAUGUCUGAGCAGGAAACAGAUAUAGCCAAGAUGUGGCUCAGGAAGUAUGUUUCGGUUUCUUAUUCAGCAGCGGAAUUGGUGACUUUGACAGCUGGACUGCAGAGAAGCAUUGUGAUUACCUUUGAAUUUUUAUUGGCUGUCUGCCAAACACAAAUACAGAUGCAGAAUUCAGUAAUAGGAGAGUGAUAAUCCGUCAUGGGUCACUACUUGUGAAAUGUGACUUUCUCCAACCCAUAAUUGCAAUUAGAUAAUAAUACCUAAUUAUGUUUUCCCAAUUAAGGUAAAUUGCUACCUGAUUAAAAAUCCUGCCCUUCACCUUUGGGAACAAAGGUUAAGAUGCACAGUUAGGUGAACUCUCAAAUUUAUUGGCAUUUAAACAAAGCCCUAGAAAACCAAGAAACUGAAGUUUUAAUUAUGUGAGGGUUGCACAGCCUACCAUUCACAAUAUUUGUACAUCUUUCUGUAAAUAUGGUUGUUGACAGUGAAAAUUGAAAAACAUAUGCCAACCCUGAGCAAGGGAACUCCUCUAAAAAAUCAUGCUGUGGAACUUUGUAAGGUAGAAAAAAGGAUGUGCAUGAAAGAGUCUGUUUACUGGCUUGUUUUGUGUGUGUGUGUGUUUUGUUGUUUUUGUUUUCUUUUUUUAAGAACUAAACAUCACACAUUAAUAAAUCAGAAUUAUACAUCAGU